AUGGAAAAUUCAGAACGAAGAAUAUUAUCAGACGAAGAAGCAAAUAAAAUGUUAAAUGAAAUCCUUGAAGAAGAUAAGAAAGAGAAUUUAAACAGUGAUAACAAUGAUGGCAAUGAAGAUGAUGAAUCAGAGUAUCGAAAUAAUUUAUCGAUAAAAUUUCAUCCUAGAUUCGUCAUGAAGCUGCUAGAAAAUGAGUAUCACUUGAUCGGACCAAAUGCGAUCUCGAUGAAUCAGACCACUUGCGCGAGAGGUAGAAGAGAUUGCACGAUGUCUUCACCAGUUAGAACACCGAAACGUCGCAGAAAACGCAUUGAUAAAGGUGACUAUUGCGAGUGUGAAACUACAACUGACGAAGAACCAGAACCUACAAGUAAAAGUCGAAAAGUAUCGAUCAAUAAAACAAAAAGAGGUUCUCGAAGACAGCACGAAGAACGUGAAGAAAUACCAGAAUGCUCUUGCAACGAACGCGUAGACGAAGACGAAUGUGUAUGCGAGGAUCAAGUGCAGAGAAGCACGAAAGAUGAUUCAAGAGUGCAAGAAGAAAGAGAAACUUUGCAAGAAAAUAGUGACAGGAGGACAAAUGAAGAAAGACAAACAAGAAUAACACGGGAUUCCCUGGUCGAGUCAAGAAGAGAAGAGACUGAUCGAGAAAGGAGAAGAACAGUGGAAACUGACGAUAGAGUAACGAUGGAGAAUGAUAGAUUAAACAUGGACGAUAUUUAUAAUGAAUUGCGAGACAGGAUGACACCUUCAGAAGCGAAAAAGCGCGAGAAAGAGUUAAAAGCGUGGCUUAAACGUUGUCAGGAAGAGUGUAAGCGACAAGAGAAACGAAGAGGCAGACAUAAUUAA